AAAUAUUUUUCAUCUUCUUGCUGUAGCUUUGAGGCCGAGUUGUUUUUUUUCCUCUCUCUCUCUCUUUUUUUUUUUUUUUAAACUCUCAUUAUUAUUAUUAUUAUUAUUUUGGUUGCGAUACAGACUUUGAUUUUUUUAUUUUUUAUUUUUUUUUGCCUUCGCUCUCUUUCCCUCCUCCCUCCCCCGAUGAACCUCUCUCCUCGCUCUGCACUUCGCACAAGAGAGCCCAGAGGAAAGGCAUCAUGAAGUGUUAAAAAUAACAAAACAAAACAACAACAACAACAAAUUUACUCGCAACAACACCAGCUAACACUUCCAGCUGCGGUUCGCGAGCUGCGAAAGAGAGCGAGAGGAGAGAGAGAGAAGGGAGGGAGAGAGGAGGAAAAAAAAAAACCCUCUAUGCAAAAGGCGAAUAGCGAGAGCCCCGCGCUCUGAUGCAUCAGCGGAGCCUCUGCGAGGGAUAACGCGGAGCGGGAGAGGAGCCGCCGGGGCGGACCGGAGCGGAGGCAGAGCAGGAGAGCGGAGCGGAGCUCGCCAAAAAUCAAGCUGGCUCACCCGGUGGCGACUCAGAGCAGCCCCCUCGCUCCCGGAGCGCACCCUUUCUGGAGGACUCUCGGCAGCAAAAGGAUGGCAUCAGAGCUGGCGAUGAGCAGCUCCGACCUGCCCACCAGUCCCCUGGCCAUGGAAUAUGUUAAUGACUUCGAUCUGAUGAAGUUUGAAGUGAAAAAGGAGCCGGUGGAGACCGAUCGCAUUAUCAGCCAGUGCGGCCGCCUGAUCGCCGGGGGAUCGCUCUCCUCCACCCCGAUGAGCACGCCCUGCAGCUCCGUGCCCCCGUCCCCCAGCUUCUCGGCGCCCAGCCCCGGCUCCGGCUCGGACCAGAAGACCCACCUGGAAGACUACUACUGGAUGACGGGGUACCCGCAGCAGCUCAACCCGGAGGCGCUGGGCUUCAGCCCCGAGGACGCGGUGGAGGCGCUGAUCAACAGCAGCCACCACCCGCUGCCCGGCGCCUUCGAUGGCUAUGCUAGAGGGCAGCAGCUGGCCGCGGCCGCCGGCGGCUCCGUGCCGGCCGAGGAGAUGGGCUCGGCGGCCGCCGUGGUGUCGGCGGUGAUCGCCGCGGCGGCGGCGCAGGGCGGCGCGCCCCACUACCACCACCACCACCACCACCCGCACCACGGCGGCGGCGGCGGCGGCGGCGGCGGCGGCGCCGGGGGGCUGCACCACCCGCACCACGGCGGCGGCGGCGGCGGCGGCGGAGGUGGCCUCCACUUCGACGACCGCUUCUCCGACGAGCAGCUGGUGACCAUGUCCGUGCGGGAGCUGAACCGGCAGCUGCGGGGCGUCAGCAAGGAAGAGGUGAUCCGGCUGAAGCAGAAGAGGAGGACCCUCAAAAACAGGGGCUAUGCCCAGUCCUGCCGCUUCAAGAGGGUCCAGCAGCGGCACGUCCUGGAGUCGGAGAAGAACCAGCUGCUGCAGCAAGUGGAGCACCUAAAGCAGGAGAUCUCCAGGCUGGUCCGGGAGAGGGACGCCUACAAGGAAAAGUACGAGAAGCUGGUCAGCAAUGGCUUCAGAGAAAACGGAUCCAGCAGCGACAACCCUUCCUCUCCAGAGUUUUUCAUGUACCCGAGAGAAUCAUCUACAACGGUGAUGUGAAAAUCCCUGUUACCUGAGGUCAGAAAUAAAAGUCUCCCAGAAGACCCGGAGUGGUGACGCCUGGAUGCAGAGGAGAUCACACUGCUUAUAAAUCUGCACUGUGAGGAGGCCAAAAGUUUCUGCAGCAGCAGGAGGUAAGCCAGGACUGCUGGUGGGUGUAAGGAACAGAAGGCAAAGCCACAUGAGUUUGAGAAGAAGGCAGCAGCACCCCUGAAGAUGGAGACUGUGGGGCAGUCUCACAGUCCUGUACAGAAAACUUGAAGAGACACUGAAAACUUCAGGUGGGAACACACCCGACCAGCUGCUUGUGUGGUUUGGUCUGUGGACAUUUGGGGUCUGCACACCAGAGACUGAAAACUCUUGAUUUACCCUAAAUUACUUCUUUGUGGACUUCUGUUGUAAUAGGAAUGGCACAAAAAAAUCCAAUAUAUCUUCUUCGCCAUAAUGUUUCCAGCCUGCUAACUUUCCCAGGACUACUUUCUGUUCAAAUUACUGGAACUUAAUUACAUGAGGUUUAAUUUCAGUUACUUGGCCAGCUUUAAAAACAUAUAUUCAAAUUUGAACCACAAGGACAGAAUUUUGGGAGCCUCUUUGUCCUCUCACUUUGUGUUAAUUUAAAUGAGGAAACUGUGCCUGUGAAUCUCUGCUUAACUUCACCUAUUCCAAGUGAGUCUCAGUUCUGGAGAGACUUCCCUAACUCUCAGCAGUUUAAAAGGGAGCACAAAGAACCCCUUAUGUUAUAGUUUAUGUUUUUGAAACUGUGCAAAUAGAUAUUUGUCUCCUGCUUAUGCAUUUUCUUGUAAAUAAAAUGUAUUGAGACCAGAGAUGGAGUUACACUGACUUUACACCAGAUAAUGUAUUGACAUUUUACAAGAAAGUGUUUUAUUAUCCAUACAUUUCACAAGUAGAUCUUAUAAUGUGUAAUUAUGACAAAAAAAAAAGAAGUGGAAGGAGAAUCAAGGGAUGGACAUAGAGAGAAAAUGUGAAAGGACAUGGAUGGGAAGCGGUGGAGUUGGAGGACAACACCAGCUCUCAAAGCAUUAUCUGAGAAUUCAUAUGAUUAGGACUUAUCUUUCUGGCUUCAUUAUUUCAUUAUAAUCUACUGCUUACCUGAGAAGUAAUAAACGGCCUCCAAAUUUUAUUGCAUUUGCUCACUUUCUUUAGAUUUUGCAUUGGUUUGUUCCCCUCUUAGAUCUUAUUUCGGUUAAGGAAUGAAAAGAUUUCAUGUUUUUGCUGGGGUUGA